AGGUGAAAGAUUGUUUAUUGGAGUUGAAAUUUUUUGCAACUCCGAAGAUUCAGUCUGUGCUCGAAAAACAUGGCGCUGAAGGUAUAUGCUGAUCGGAUGUCCCAACCAUCUCGUGCAGUUCUCAUCUUCUGCAAAAAAAAUGGGAUAGAUUUUGAGGAAAUCCGAGUAGAUGUCUUGAGGAACGAGCAAUUCACCCCUGAAUACAAAGCAAUAAAUCCAAUGUCUCAAGUUCCAGCAAUAGUUGAUGGAGGUUUCAAGCUGUUUGAAAGUCAUGCGAUUCUUAUCUACUUAUCUUGUGCAUUUCCAGGAGUAGCUAGUCAUUGGUAUCCUGGUGAUUUAACCCUAAGAGCUAAAAUCCAUUCUGUUUUGGAUUGGCAUCAUUCAAAUUUACGCCGAGGGACAGUUGGACUUGUUUUCAACACUAUCUUGGCACCAUUAUUUGGCCUCCCUUCAAAUCUUCAAACAGCCAAGGAAUCUGAGAAGUUACUCAUGAAAUCUUUGAAUAAAUUAGAAACUUUUUGGCUAAAAGAUGGAAGCUUUUUGGUUGGAAGCUCUCAACCAUCAAUAGCAGAUCUAAGUUUAGUAUGUGAAAUCAUGCAACUUCAGCUUCUGAGUGAGACGGAUUGUAAUCGGAUAUUAAGCCCUUACAAGAGAGUUGUUGAGUGGAUGGAAGAUACAAAGAAAGCAACUGCACCUCAUUUUGAUGAAGUUCAUGAGUUUCUCUUUGAAGCCCAGAAAAGAAUUCGAGAGCAGACAGCAAAAGAAUCUUUUGGGAAAGAUUGAAGUCCAAGUUGUAAAAUUAAACAUAAUCUUCUUUUGGUAAAGACUAAAUUCAGUUUGAUUUCUGUAUAAAAUGUUGCUGCUAUAUGAACUGUAGUAUUAAGUUGAAAUAAAGUAUGUAAUCGUUGUUGCAUUUUAA